CAAUGACGAAGUUAAUAUUAUUUAGAUCGAAUAUCACAUAUGGAAAAUACCAAAGGUAUUCCGAGUAUUGGAACUCUUCAAUGACGAAGUUAAUUAUUUGGAUCAUGGACGUCGACAAUGGCGAAACGUAAAAGUGACGACUUUCUUACAAAAUAUACAGAUGAGGAUACAAGAGUUACCCUAAAAAAUGCUGGUGUGAAACUCUUGAAGGGAUUCUAUGAACUUUGGAAAAACCAGCAGUUAUGUGACGUUAUCAUAAAGACAAAUGGAGAGUCGAUACCAGCACAUCGUGCUGUUCUUGUCAUUUCCUGUGAUUAUUUUCGAGCAAUGUUUUCUAUGGGAUUUGAAGAAUCUCAGCAACAAAUGGCUGAAAUCAGUCUGGAUGAAGUGACACCAGAGGCAGUUAGAGCUGUGUUGAGCUACAUGUACACAGGAAGUCUCACAGUGACUAAGGACACUAUCCAGGACCUGGUUGUGUUGACAGACCUGUUGCAGCUGGCAGAUCUCAAACUUCAGUGCUGUCAGUGCAUGGGAAGGGAAAUAAGUGCCAGCAACUGUUUGGGUGUUUGGGAAUUUUCUGAAAAGUUUAGCUGUGAUGACCUGGAGACUAGCUCACUAUCAAUGGUGAAACAAAGAUUCCCUGUGAUCUGUCAGAUGGAGGAGUUCUUGGCACUUUCAUACAGCAGGCUCAUUAAGAUACUGAAGUUUGAAGAUUUAUAUCUAGGUUGUGAAGGAGAGGGAACUGUCCUAAAGUCUGUGUUUAGAUGGUUAGAACACAGUCAUCAGGACAGGAUUGGCUACAUGUCUGAUGUCAUCCAGCUUGUAAGAUUAAAGAGUGUGGAAAAGGGAGUCUUGGAUCAGCUGAUGGACUGUCCACUCACUGAGAAAUACCCAGAAUUACGACAGAUCAUAGAGACACAACUGGUGUCUGAAGGCCCUGCUCAUGCGCGAGAAGCUAUUCGGUACUUGUACGUCAUGGGUGGCUACACACAGUCUCGGACAGGACCUCUGUGUCCUCGAACCAAAAGAGUAGAGAGGUUUAACUUGGACUCUCAACACUGGCAAACUGUGGCUGACCUUCCCAUAUUGGCAUCAGGAAUUCAUGCCUUUGAGAUUUAUGGUCGACUUAUUUGUACAGCAUUUGAACUGAUCCAUUUUAGAAGUCAAGAACAAGACAUUGAACGAGAAGUUAAACUGGAGGGUAUUUAUGAGUAUGAUAUUCUACAGGACAGAUGGAAGGAUGCUACAGACUACUUCAGUCCAGACACCAUUCAAUGUCUCCACAAUUGUCUUAUGAAAUCAGGGUCUAUUGCUGUUUGCCAAAAAACUAAUAAAAUCUACACAGUGACUGACACAGAAGUGAACUGUGUUUCUGUUGACCUAGCUGAUGGAGAUAUAUUUUGUAAAACUGUAGAAAAAAUGCCAAAUAUACAGGCAUUUUUAGAGGAAAACCAUUCUUGUCACGUGGCUGUUGUACAUGAUGAGAGUUUGUAUGUGUUCGGAGGAGAAGUGCGGGUAUCUCAAUCCGAGGUCUACUCCACAGCUUCAGGGUACAAGUUUGACCGUAAAAACAACACAUGGAUCUCCAUCCAGGAUAUGUUGGAGCCAAGAUCAAAGUGUGAUGUUGUUGAACUUGGUGGCUACAUUUACCUGGUUGGAGGAUUUAACUUAAGUCGACUGAAGUCAGUGGAGAGAUACAACCCCAGUACUGACCAGUGGUCAAAAGUAGCUAGUAUGGAAGUUGAGAGGAGCCACCAUAAAGCUGUUGUGUAUAAGAACAAAAUUUGUGCAAUAGGCGGGAAGUCUUACUCAGCCAGAAAUGGAGGUGGUGCACGACGGACUGUCCACACCUCUGAGAUUUAUGACCCUGAACUGGACCAGUGGACCAUGCUACCUACCAUGACCCAAGCUCGCUGUUUACAUGGAGCAGUAGUGUUUUAAUGGAGAUGGUUUUAAUGAUAAUGCAUGCACACCAACAACAUUAUGAACAAGACUCACUUGGAGCAGCAGUGUCCAAGUAGGACUUUGUACUGUACUUGUGGAUCUCGGGUAGCUGUGUGAGUGCAGCUGUAGUUUAGACCUAUUUUAACACACUAGUGACUGUUCUAUAACUUCUUUCCUGACACUUUAUAAAAUAUCUAAGAGUGCCUUAUCUAAAACAACAGAUUUUGUAUGUAACAGGCGAUGAGAACAUGUAUUUCCAUUGAUAAUAGUUUAAAAUAUAUUUUGACCUAUUAUUGCUUUGAAAAUGAAACAAGUAGAGCAAUAGAAUUGCAGAUUGUUGGCAUCCCACAUAUACAGGGUGUAUUAACUGUCAGGUCAUAGGUCCCAAUCAUGCUGAUGGAAGGAUACAUUUGUAUGAUUAAAGACAUCGCUGUUAUUAUGACCAAAGCUGUAGAACAGUUUCUGUGAAGUAUGGCAGAUAAAUAAUGGUCCAUUAGAAAUACAGACUGACAAAAGGACAACACAGAACCCAAGACACACGCAUCAUUAACAAAUAUUGAGGUACUGAUUUAAAAUGGAUAAUGUGUUCAUUGAGAUGUACUUCAGUAAUGGUGCUCUACACCCUACUGGUGAUUGUGUUGAAUUUAUUUCUGUCAUCCAUUAAUGUUUAAUAAACUAAUAAAGAGAUUAAUUAGAAUUUUAAUUAUAAAUGUUGUACACAUAAUAUAUUGAUAAAAAUAUCCAGUUUUGAGAACAUGGUGUUUGCUGUGAUUGACUAAUUUUAUACAAAAUGAAAUAUACUAUUAUGUAUAUCUUUUGGCUCUCAGGUCAAUCGAAGUGUUAGAAAUAUUUUGUCUUUCAUGGGACCAUGCAAUUAACAUGUUAAUCCUAAAACAUGUAAUUUGUUACACUAAGCUGAUGAAACUUGCAGUAUACCUGAAUCACUUAAAACUGAUGUGCAGUGCAUUGCAGUUAGAUAACUGUGAAGUUGAAGUCAAGGUCAAAGAAGUAAAAAUUUUCUGUUUUCUGUAUAUCUUCAGUGUUUAUAUAGGAGUAAAACCUGAGCAGAUGGUGGAUGUAUCAAGUACUAGAAGCAGGUCACUGCAAUCUAUAUUUUGCCUUAAAAUUGACUUUUGUCAGACAAAAAAAAAAUAUGGGCUUUAAUCAUGAUGAGUUCACUCUAAACACCUGCAAAGGCAUAAUAGGCAAGAUUUCUUUACCUGCUCUCUGUUAAGUUGUAUAUAUAUUUUUUAAAUGAUACCAGUUAGAACCUGUAUAUAAAAAAAAGAUAUAAAAAGAUGGAGCAUGACUCUCGCUCAAUUGAUAGAGCCGGGAUAUCAUCUGGAGAUUCAGGUUUGAUUCCUCCAAUUUAUGUUUGUGUGCUCUGCAGUCAUUUGUUGUUGUUUUUCAGUUCUCUUACAGUUUAGUAUUUCACCACAAAGAAUUGUUAAAAGUAUAUCUGCCAGGAAGGUCUUCUAAGGUUUUUUAACACAAUAUCAAAUUAUCCAGAGAAAAGUUUCUAUUUAAUCUGACAAUAUGUGUUGCUCUUUUUACUCGGAAAAAGUACAUUUUAAUUCAUACCAUGCUACAUGUAGCCUACAUCAGAUCCUGUAAGAUAUAAUCAAAUAUUAUGUGGUAUUAUUUUGAAUCUUAUUGACAAGCGAUACAUUUAUCAUAAUUUUGAUCUAGCGGGCAAUAUAUAUACUAACAAUGUGUUGUAACUUGUGGUAGAGUAUAUUUAGUACUGAAUAUCAUGUUUUUUUAAACAUAAAUCAUUCCAUUUUAAUUAUUGUCAUUUUACUUUUGUCAAUAAUGAGGGUUGAUAAUUUUGUAGUAGGAAAUAUUCUUACAAAAAUAUCCUGUCUAUGCUUGUGCUCAAAUUAGGUAGACAUUCUACCACUGAUUAUGAUCAUGACUUAUGGGAAUUUAAGUCUUCGUAAGUCAAGUGGUAGGAUUUCCACCUGAGCUAGACAGGUGAAGUUUUACUCAAGUUCUCCACUUUUACCAGGAUUGACUUUCCUCAUUUUCUACUGUCAGUGGAUAGCAGCAUGUGUGUGCUAUGUGUGAAAACUUGCUCUCAGGAUUAGACCUGUGGUCAAACUGUUCAUGCAGUUCACUUAACAACAUUUUCAGUUAAUAUAUUUGUAAUAUGGUCUUAAUCAAGGUGAGGUAAUCAAGGUGAGGUGGACCUCUUGGUUUAAUGCAGGCUAAUAGGGUUUUGUGUAGACUUAGCAGCAGUUGUAACAAACAUAAGAUUUUUAGUCAGCAUUAUGUUACAUUUUUUAUUAUAAAUAGUUGAUGGCAUGCAUGCAUUUUUGGAAGAAUUGAAGUAUUUGGUACCGGUAGAUCAUGUUUACCGAUUACGGUGUAUUAAUUCAAUGUUGUCAUUGUACAUUGUAUGUUUAUAUUGCCAGAAACUGUCUAAAUGUAUGUAAUAUAUUAAACAAUGUGUUUGUAUUUAUUGGCUUUUUUUAUGAAGUCUUUUUUGAUAGUACUAUAUAAACAGUAUUAUAUAACAUUAUGGUUCUGUCCCUUUGUAUCUUAGUUGUCAAUGAAAUAUUAAUCUCAAUGAUAUUCAGAAUACAGCAGCCUAUAUCAUAUUUAUCAGUUAGCUCUUUACAGUGUACCUAUCCUAACUGUAUGUGAACAUCAUCAAGUUGAUUCCUCCAUAUAGGUAAGUUAAAGAAUUACUGUAUGAGGAUCAAACUUGGAUAUAAUGUUGAUCAAGACAAUAGUAGUGGUAUUGGAAGUCUUAUUAAUGAUGGAUUACAAUGUACAAGAAUUUAUACAAUGAUGUAACUUAUUUAUAUGCCAUAAUUUUCUACACAUAUCUUUACUGUUAAUUUGAUCAAGACUUCUUCAACUCUCAUACAGUUGUGGUGUGAAAUAUUGUAACCUUAUCUUUAUUAAUUUAGGAUAUUUUUCAAAUCAGAUGUUUGAUUUUUUUGUAGCUUUUCCAUGACAGGCCUUUCUGUUGUAAAAUCCUAUGAUGAAUUGAAUUGUAACUAGGUGUACGUGAUAUUAUGUACUCAAUAAUUGAUUAUAGAACUUCACAUUUCAGUAAAUCUGUAUGUCUUAA